AUGCCGCCUAUUGUGGGCCUGUUACUUUUCUGUCUCGUGGAUGUAAGAGGGGAAAACUCUUCGUGUCAAAUAUAUGGGACAAAAGAACUGUCUCAGUUUUCUAAGGAGGGCGAUAUCAUCAUCGGAGGUAUUUUCUCCUUCCACCAGAACCCGGUCACAGUCAGUCCAGCACUCACAAUCAACCCGGGAGCAAUCCAGUGUAAAGGGCUGGAAAUAGGUGAGCUUCAGUAUGCGUACACCAUGAUGUUUGUGAUAGAUGAAAUUAACAACAGCACUGAACUGCUGCCAGAUGUGACACUCGGUUAUAGGAUCUUUGACUCCUGCCCAAGCAUACCUCUGUCUAUCAGGUCAUCGUUGAAUCUAAUGAAUCCACAUGAAGACAGUGAGGGGUUGUGUAGCAACCUCUCCAACGUGUAUGCUGUCAUUGGGGACACAACUUCCACCUCUACGAUAGGCAUAGCACGCACGCUGAGUCCCUUCAGUAUACCUGUGAUCAGUCAUUCAGCCACUUGUGCAUGUCUCAGCGACAGGAGAAUCUACGCGUCCUUCUUUCGAACCAUACCGAGUGACAUUCAUCAAAGCAAAGCACUAGCAAAGCUUGUGAAACACUUUGGCUGGACUUGGGUGGGAGCAAUCCGAACUAACAAUGACUAUGGAAAUGGUGGCAUGGCCAGCUUCUUGGAAGCAGCAACAAAGGAAGGCGUGUGCGUUGAGUAUUCAGUCGCCAUCUACCGAACCGACCCCAGGAAGUCAUUCAUACAAGUCGUGGAUAUUAUCAGAAAAUCCACCUCUAAGGUCAUAGUUGCUUUUGCAGAUGCAACAGAUCUUGAUGUACUCAUGAAAGAGCUCCAUGCCCAGAAUGUGACAGGCCUGCAGUGGGUGGGAAGCGAAGGCUGGAUCACGUAUCGUUACUUUGCCUCUCAGGCGAACUACGCCGUGGUUCAGGGGGCCGUGGGCUUCGCAGCACUGAAUGCUCACAUCCCUGGGCUGCAGGAGUUCCUCACCAACAGCAGACCGUCCACUGCACCAGGAAAUCAGGGACUCGUUGAGUUGUGGGAAACACUCUUUGACUGCACCCUGUCACCAAAAACAGGGAUUUACCCACAGGAUCGUGUUACAGUUUGCAGCGGCACAGAGACUCUGCGGGAUGUAAAGACGCGAUUUACUGAUGUUUCAGAUGCCACCCUGUUGAAUAAUGUCUACAAAGCCAUAUACGCUGUUGCUCAUGCUUUGAGCAUGCUGUUUAAUUGCAAAGAUGGAGAGGGGCCCUUUGAGAACAAUACUUGUGCUGACAGGCAAAAUUUUCAACCAUGGCAGGUGUUGCACUACCUAACGCAGGUAAAUUUCACCAGUAAAAAUGGUGAAAAUGUUUUCUUCGACGAGUUUGGUGACCCCGUCGCACGUUACGCACUGGUAAACUGGCAACUGGAUAAGAGAGGGUACAUACAGUUUGAAACUAUUGGUUAUUAUGAUGCCUCCAGACCUGAAGGUCAGCAGUUUGAGAUGGAAGUUGGAGUGAGAGCCAUCUGGGCAGGAGAAAGUCAUGAUGUACCGACAUCCAUCUGCAGUGACAGCUGUUUGCCUGGCACUAGUCGGGCUUUCAUUAAAGGCAAACCCGUCUGCUGCUUUGACUGCAUCGUCUGUGCUGAGGGGGAGUUCAGCAACAGCACAAAUGCAGUGAAAUGUGAAAAAUGCCCUCCUGAGUACAAGUCCAGUGAAGAGAGAAACCAAUGUAACUUAAAAUCGGUUGAGUUCCUCACCUUCACAGAACUAAUGGGUAUAACGUUGGUCACCUUGUCUUUCGUUGGUGCAAUCUCAACAGUGGCUGUAAGCCUGAUAUUUUUCUGCCAAAGACACACGCCCAUUGUCCGAGCCAACAACUCUGAGUUGAGUUUCCUGCUGCUGUUCUCCUUGGGGUUGUGCUUUCUGUGUUCUCUGACCUUCAUCGGCCGACCCUCUGAUUGGUCCUGCAUGCUGCGCCACACAGCUUUCGGCAUUACCUUUGUCCUCUGUGUGUCCUGUAUUCUGGGGAAAACAACGGUGGUUUUGUUGGCCUUUCGGGCUACCGUUCCUGGCAGCAAUGUGAUGAAAUGGUUUGGCCCUCCACAGCAGAGAGUCAGUGUCUUAGCUCUCACACUUGUACAGGUUUCGAUUUGUAUAAUAUGGCUAACAGUUAGCCCUCCCCAUCCAUUCAAAAACACUCAAUAUUACAGCGAGAAGAUCAUUCUAGAGUGUGCACUUGGAUCACCUUUGGGCUUCUGGGCCGUAUUGGGAUAUAUCGGGGUUUUAGCUAUGUUGUGCUUUGGGUUGGCCUUCUUAGCCAGAAAGCUUCCUGACAAUUUCAAUGAAGCUAGGUUAAUCACUUUCAGCAUGCUGAUAUUCUGUGCCGUGUGGAUAACUUUCAUUCCAGCUUAUGUGAGCUCUCCUGGGAAAUUCAGUGUGGCUGUGGAGAUAUUCGCCAUUCUGGCUUCAAGUUACGGGAUGCUGCUCUGUAUUUUUUUGCCUAAGUGUUACAUCAUUUUAUUUAAACCCCAAAACAAUACAAAGAAACAUUUGAUGAAUAAAAGCACACUUUAA